AUGAGGAGGACUACGGAAUAUACAAUCGUGGGCCCUCCGCGGGACCCCGUUGGUCAAUCUCCUCCAUCUGCCUCAAAGUCUCUACCGAUUCGAAGGGACUCCAAGACCCAUUCUGCUAAUCUGCGCAACCUCUAUCGCAUCUCUGCCCAAUCCAUCAACGAGACCCAAUCUUUGCAUCAAUCCUCGCAGCCACCACUUUCUGCAGCGUUACCGAUUUCACCUCAAUUGCCCCCUACACCGCCAGGCGCAAGCGGAGGCGAUAUAGCCACAACCCCGGCUGCAGAUGAAGCCACCUCAGAGGCUGCUAUGUUUAGGUCCGCGCUGGUAACACCAAUCAAUCAGAAUAGUCCUCCAACUCCGGACAAUACUCCUCCACGUGAGAGAAAGCUUUCUUUGGUCCGUCCCUUCCUCGGGACUCAACCUUCAAUUGCGUCCACCCGUACCGAGUCCUUCACGACCGCACAAGAAGAUCUUCGGUCCGAGCCUGAGUCCGACACCCACUCGCAGUGUAAUGACCGUGGAUUUGACUGGCCUCUAUCCUCCGUAAACCAAAUUGGAGCCGCGGCGCACAGAAGUCGAUAUCAUAAACUGGGACGAUCUCCUUUGAUUCAUGCCUACGAUGGACUGAAUUCCCCGACAUCUGAUUCCGAACCACUUUUCAAUGCCGAAAGAAAAGAGGUGGUCAAUCUCAAAUCUCUGGAAACAGAGCCUGUUGUUCGUGCAAGCCCUUUAUCCAUGAGUGCCCGUUCUGUCUCCAAUAACGUUCAGGACGUCCUAAGGGACCCCAAGAUUAGCCAGACUGGCGAGCCAAGACCAUCACAACAAGGCAGGAAAGAGAACAACGUGGAUUUGACUGAGACAACACAUGAUGGUUUGAAAAGAGGCAAAAGCUUGCGCGACAGACUCCUCGAAGCACAAACACAAGAUGCAUCUGCCUCGACUGAACGAUUUGCAAAUAUAAUCGGAUGGAAUAACUCGGUGCCUAUCAUUGAUUCUCCAGAUGUUGUAGCUCGACAAGACAUUGAGGAGACUCGACGUUUUUCGGGAAUUUCUACCGCAUCGACCAUUGAGGCAUACGUAUUCGAGCAGAGUCCACUCCCAAAGAGGGCCACCACGUUACGCCAUGUUAUCAAGCACGAGUCGUUGAGAUCUGUCAGCUCUCCUCUGCCCGGCUCCAAUCGCAAUUCCAUGCAUUCGAUCUCAGACUCUCCCCAUCGACUGAUCCACAAAAAGGCCCGCCUAAGCAAUCAGAAUCGUUGGAGCUUUGGUUCUGAAGUGUCCCGAUCAUACAGUCUCGCCUCGAGUGCAGUACUGCCCAAGACUGAGGUAAUCCGAGUGGCUGUUAUUCCUGAAAGAAGCUCAUCAUUGACUUCGUCUGGUACCAACAGCAAGAGACAGUCUCUCUCCACAGAUUCCAAGACUUCACAUUCUCGAAAGGCUUCAGACCCUCCCCCAACCUCUUGGCAGCAUAAGCGAGCAUUUUCAGAUGCACUCGAUCGAGGCAGACAACAGCAACAGCCACCAGUCAUACCCACCCGGAGCUCUUCACUUUCGGCCCCGACUUCAAGGACCACUUCUCGGGCCAACUCGAUCACAUCUGAACAUCUACGAGUUCGACGCCAACAAGCAGAGACCGACUUACGUAAGACUCUGGACAGGAUGGAGUCUGAGCGAUUGAUACAGAAUUUGGAAGACUGGGGGCUUGAGAAGCAGAGCACGACUCUGGACAACAAGAUAGAUGAUCGUCCAGCCAGGAAAUCCAUCGGUCGAAGCACCACGAGAAGUAGCUCGCUUCCUGCGAUGUUCUUAGCCCCACCUGGUGAAGUCGAAGAUGGAACACGCCACAAUGCUUUGGGUCUGGUUUUGCCCGGUUCAACUGAGUGGGCAGCGCUUCGUCCGCCAUCGGUCCUAGAGACUCCCUUCUCACAACCCUCAUUCCAAUCAGCUUCACCCGAAAUCAAUGAGGCAAGAGCAGUCAAUUUUUUCCCACACAACAACCACUCCUUACAGCUCAUUGAACCAUUUGCGAUACAAGAAUCCAGAGCCGUGCUGGAGGUCCAGAGACGCAACUUGCCACAAAUCGAGGUGGACUCCCCGCUGAGAAAUCCCAGAAGCCCACCAGAGCCACCGCAGUUCAAUUUCAUUCCACCCACGCCAGGAGAUGAGCAUGACCACCAAUUAGGGUUCGGUAUGGCAAAGGCUAACGGCCGUGGAGGAUCCAUGAGACGGCCCGGGGCAUCACGACAACGGUCUGAGUCAUUCAUGAACUCUCUAUCAAGAAAUCUCAGCCUGAAAAAUGCGCGCAACCGUAAGGCGGACCAAGAACUUGACAGUCAGUUGCACCCAUUCUGGCGACCGCGUGCCUUCUGGGACGACAUUGACAAUACACGUACCGAGGUUUCUCGAGAAGCGCCCGUGCACAAGGGGAUUGUGAGCAACUCCCUCGGCCUGCCUCAGGAGCGAACAGUGAUCAACGGUCCUGCCUCACUGAUCCGGCGCAUCUCGGAACGCCGUAGAAGCAAGAAAGGGGUGGUGAGACAGUCGAGCCACGGAAGCCUGGCGAGGAUUCGGGCAACUCGACACCUACACAAGUCGUCUGGUAGGGGACUGCGGCUGCAUUUUAUUAGUUUACAAGGGAUUCAGGACCGACUCUUGCAUGCUAAACAACGAAAAGAAGAUGAAAGGAGAGAGAGGAGAAGGGCAGUACUGAGGCGGAGCAUUGGUGCUAAUGUGAUUGCACAGGGGGAUUCCAGGUUCCCAGCGAGCGAUACCAGUCUUUCGAGAACCAUGUGA